AUGGUACAUCAAUCUCCCUACAAGUUCGUAGAACAAUUCGCGAGUAGCAGGAGCCUGGAGAAGACUUCAGACGGUCUCUACGAGAUCCUCCAGCAUCGAGCAGAACCCCUGCUGGACUACAUAGCCCGUUUCAAUCAAGAGAAAGUAGCGGUCCUUGAAUGCAGUAUCCCUACCGCAAUCUCUGCCUUCAAGAAAGGCAUACUUCCAGACGGAGGGCUCUACAAAGAGCUAACCAUGUACCCUUGCAAAACCAUGGAGGAUGUGCUAUCCCGAGCGUGGGCACAGGUGAAGUGGGAAGAGGACGUCGCUAUCCGCGCCAAGGCUCAACCCAAACAGGAUCAAAGGUCCACCCGAUCAGACCGGGGAGACCGAGAAGAAAGAUCCUCCCAAAAGGGAUCCAAGGACUCUGGAAGCAGGAACCAGGGCAGGUUCCAAUACCGACCAUUAGAAAAAGAAGAGGGCAUGUCUAUGUCUGCCUGGCCCGAUAUCUCCCAUCUCUCAAUAUCCACACCAGAGCUGGUCAUAACGCUGAGGCAGAUAGGCCAACAGGUCAAGUGGCCCCCAAAGAUGAAAGCACCUGGCUCGUUCCGGAACCCGGGACUCUGGUGCGACUUCCAUCGUGAUCAUGGCCACAAAACUGAAGACUGCGUCGCCCUGAAUAUCGAGGUCAACAAACGGCUCCAAAAGGGGCAUCUCCGAGAAUUCCUUUCAGAGAAAGCCAAGGCUCAUUUUAGCAAAGAAGCAUCGGGGAAAUCCAAAGGAGACGCACCAAGCUCACCACCUCGCCAGGACCGGGUGAUUCAUGUCAUCUCAGGAGGCUCUGGCGUAAGUGGCGUGAUUCAUGCAGCUGCGAAGAAGAGACUGCUCAAACCUAAACGCCUACUUCUAGGUACCGACGAGAUAAGCUUCACAGCCAAGGAGUAA